CCAUCCUCGGCUGACCUCUAUCAUGUCGUCCAAACAAUGGGACGUUUGUACGUUUGCGACUUGCUCAAUCAAGCAGAGCAUCUUCCAAUAUCGCCCGUCGUUGGCAGCCAACAGCGUCUUUGUCGCACUCUUUGGUCUGAGUCUUGUUAUCCAUAUCUUCCAAGGCGCAUCUUACAAGCAGUGGACAUUUGCGAUCCUGAUUGCGCUUGGAUGCAUCUGUGAAAUGAUUGGGUACGGGNGCCGUAUCUUGAUGUGGCAAGAUCCUUGGGGCUUCAAUGGAUUUAUCAUCCAGAUUGGUUCGGCUGGCUCUAUGGAAACUGUCUUGAUCACUCUACUGACCUUGCAUACCANNGUCUGCAUCACCAUCGCACCGGUUUUCAUGACCGCCGCAAUCUAUGUUACACUGUACAGGAGCAUUCAGAAGCUGUCUGUCGGCAGUGCAGCGUUCAAGCCCGCGCUUUACUACCAAAUCUUUGUUCCUUGCGACAUUGUCGCCUUGGUGCUGCAAUCAGUUGGCGGUGCCAUGUCUUCCCAGUCCAAUGGCUCCUCGCAAGCAGGCGUCAACAUUGGUCUGGCUGGCUUGUCCUUCCAAGUCGUUACAUUGCUCGUCUUCAUUGGACUUGGAGUGCAAUACGCUUUCCGCUAUCGCGCAGACGCCAAGCUGGGCAAGGUAUCAAUGGGUGGCUUCAAUGGCCGCUUCAAAUGGGUCUUUGGCAUGGUGUCACUUGCAACCGUCUUGAUCUUUAUUCGUUGCUACAACGACUCGCAUACUUCGGCGUUUAUGGCCGAGUCAAGCGAUUCUGGCGUCUCCACUGGGAUGGCGAAAGCA